AUGCUUGUGUGCUCGCGUUCGCAUGCGUACUUUCGCGCACGUACAUUCGCCUCGUCUCGUCGUCUGUUCACUUUUGCGGCCCCGCCAAGGCGGCGGCCAUUUUACCGGCCUCCCUCGGGUCGAAACUCUUGUCUGCUCGAAGAGCGGAGGCACCGGCGGCCUGAUCGAUCAAUGGCCGGCCCGGCUCGGCUCAGCUCAGCUCAGCUCAACUCGGCUCGGCUCGGCCUGAUUCAGUUGGCCGGUCUGUCGACGCAAGGCACUUAUUUCAGACAGUCUUGCUCGCGCCUCAACCGACCUCGACAGGUGCGGCCUCUUGCGUCGGUCGGUCGGUCGGUCGGUUCAUCUGCCCUUCGCCGUCUCGAGGCUCGCCCCAUACGCCGCGGUCUCCAAGGCUCAUCUCCCAAUCGGCCUCUCAUUGGUUGCACUCGUGAUCCGGUCAAGACGAGUCCUCUUCGUCUCGAGGUUCGGGUUCCGAAGUCCCAGGCCCAAGCGGAUGGACAGGCGCGCACUGACGCCAAUCGAAUGCAGCCGGUCGGUCGGCUCGAGGCGCGCUUGCCUCAUUUCUCCAUCGAUUCACUUGCGGCGUUUGCUGGCUAA